AUCGAGCAGUUCGCAUUUCUACGACGCACGAGAAUUGAUCGCAUACAUCACGCCCGCCGUCGAUAUGCCCGUGUGCGCGUAUUGCGACCGCAGCGCGGAUUUAAAAUGCUCCUCCUGCGGUCUCGUCUACUACUGCGGCAAAGAACAUCAAAAACUCGCAUGGAAAUCGCACAAAUCCACGUGUGUCGCGUACAAAAUCGAAGAAAACGACCACCUAGGUAGAUACGCAGUGGCAAAUCGUGAUAUUCAACCCGGCGAUGUUAUUAUGAAGAAAACACCGCUUGUCGCCGGACCAAAAAUGAUCACAGUGCCGAUUUGUUUGGGCUGCCAUCGAAAACUACAACCAGAUCACGUUAAAUGCACCAAAUGUGCAUGGGGCUUGUGUAGUGCCGAAUGCGAAGAGUCCAAAUGGCAUAUACAUGAAUGUAAAUUACUCGCACGAGCCGGUGUGAAGCCACAAAUCAGAAAUCUGAAUGAAAAAUCAUCGAGUUACGCGUUAAUUCUACCACUACGAGCGUUACUGUUGAAAAACACGCACAAAAAACAAUUUGACGAGUUACUGGCGCUCCAGUCACAUAUUGAGAGCAAUAUGCCGAAACCAAUCUACAAUUUUCUCGGCAGGACACUGAUACCUCUUCUGAAACGAGUUUUUUCAUCGUCAGAAGAAUUAAACAUAGAUCCUCUGCAGAUAUGUUCGAUUUUUGAUACAAAUGCGUUCGAAGUACGCAAUAAACACGUUAAUAUUCGCGCAGUAUAUUCGAUGGUAUCAUUUCUGCCUCACGACUGCACUCCAAACACAAGACAUCUUUGUGCGGACGAUUAUAGUAUGAGCGUAAUCGCCACAAGGAAGAUUUGCAAAGGUGAAAAGAUUUGCACGACAUACACGCAGACAUUAUGGCCGACAUUGUCACGCCGCACGCAUUUAAAAACAAACAAACACUUCGAUUGCACUUGCCGGAGAUGCUCGGACCCAACCGAAUUAGGAACUUUUGCGGGUUCUUUGAAGUGUCAACAAUGCCAGCGGGGUUUAAUUGUAAGCACGAAUCCUUUGGAUAAAAACGCCGCAUGGAAAUGUCAAGAAUGUGAAGAUGUCGUUGCUGCGUGUCAGGUGGAAACAUUAAAUGCGCAGAUACGCGCCGAGAUUGUAGCCGCUCCGCGAACACCGGAACACUUUGAGAAAUUGUUGCAGAGUUUUUCGCAUUUAUUGCACGCGCAGAAUACGCAUGCGUUGGAGAUAAAGUACGCAUUGGUUCAGCUGUACGAAAGCGUAAAGUGUACGCCGUCCGAGGCUGGACUGCAGCGGCGUGUGGAACUCUGCCAGGAAUUACUGAAGGUGUCCAGCGCACUCGAGCCGGGCUGUUCUAGUUUCAGCGAGACGCUGGAGAACUCCGUGCGCGCCGCCGAAUCGGCACUGAGCAUCCUGCGGGCACGCACCGCCACCGAUUAAUUAUUUUCAGGUUCUGAAGAACGGCGCGCGCGUCGAAGCCGACAUGUUAGUAUUAUUAGUUCGUAGCAUUUGCGAUAGGUCAACUGGUGCUUAAAUAGGUAGAGCAUGCGGACGAUUUUAAUUUAUGCGCUGCGGCGACAUUUCAUAUUUCAGCUGUUGGAACAUUAUCUAUAAUUCCUUAAUUUAGAACGUAAAAAACUAGUUUUAGUUCACUCACCGCCACAUUCACACUCGCAAUUUAUGUUUUUUUGCAAGUCAGCACUGUUUUUAUAUUUGAAUAAAUGUUUUAACGCAU